GGAGAGGGGGAGAGGGAGAGAGAGAGGGAGACUGAGGCAAAAAAGCCAUCACUCACACCCACAAUAUAAAAGCCAGACCUGCUGGGCAUGCCCGAAGGCACACUGUAAUCUGAGAGAGAGAGAGAGAGAAGGAGAGAAGAAAGGGAAGUAGAAAGAGAAGAUUCAUAAAAGUUUCACAGAGAGUGACAGGGUCAGGGAGGGAGACAAAGGAGAGACAGAGCAAAGCAGUGAAGUGGACACUUCAAAAGGAAGAGGCCUCAAAGACCAAGUGGAUUUAUAUUCAUUUGCAUUUGACUUUUCCUGGGCUGCGUAGAGCUGUGGGCACCUCAGCCCACCUCAGAGUCUGUGAACCGCUCCCCUUCUCUCCCUGUUUUCGGACUGCCUCUGUCCUCUGCACCCCCCCGCCCCACCCCACCCCACACCCCUCCUCGUCCCUGAGCGGACUCUCGCCUGUCCACCCCCCCUUCCGUACACUCGGCCGUCGAUGAGUCUGACCAACUCCUCUGCCUACCGAUCGGAGCGCAGCUUCCACCAGACGUCCUCCACCAGCUCCUCCGGCAGCGGGCCCUACAUGGAGAAGAGUCGGGGGAUCUUCGCCAAGGAUUUCGGAUCUUUCGGAGGAUUCGCAGGUCCAUCAGGAACAGCGGGAAACAUCAGGACGAUGGGAGACACGUACCAGUUCACUGUGGACGUCAGCGACUUCUCCCCUGAGGACGUGAUUGUCACCACCUCCAACAACCAGAUAGAGGUCCGGGCAGAGAAGCUGGCGGCCGACGGCACAGUGAUGAACACCUUCGCCCACAAGUGCCAGCUGCCUGCGGAUGUGGACCCCACCUCGGUGACAUCAUCACUGGGCGACGGCGGUGCUCUGACCGUCAAGGCCCGCAGGCACCCAGCCAAGCACGAGCACACUCAGACUUUCCGCACCGAGAUCAAGAUCUGAGGGAAAAUGAAGGCUCCCGCAUCCUCCCUAAAGAUCCACCUACAUUAAGCCCCCCACCCUCCCCACUCCACCCCGCCCAUCCCAACAUUCCCAAUGCUACCUGAUGUCAUUGACCUGUGUACCCCUUGCUCUUCCUCCUGCGCCUGCCUCCUCACCCUCCUGAUGCCCGUGAAGCUGUCACCUAUUCCCGGUUCUCUCUGCUGCAGUAGUACCCGUUCACGCUGCACCACAUCAUGCAGCGGGACUCGCUGUUCCCCCUGCUCCUAACCUCCCCUGUCACUCCUAGUAGCUAGCCUCUGUGCAGCUGUUCUGUUCCGAGCCCUCCCUCCCUCCAUUCUCACGCAGUUGUGAGUCAUUGGACAUAGUGUACACAUAGCUGUGUUACAAAUCAGACACAUGUGCACAACAAUACAUGCAUGUGUCAAAGCAGUGUACAGAACAUGCACAGAUACACACAAACACAUGCACAUACUUGCGUGCAUGCAUAGAUGCAUGCACACACGUA